CUUGAGAUAGCUAUUUCCGGCGAUCUUCGCAAAGUUUUUGGCCGGGAGCUACUGGCAGGCAUAAGAAUGGACAGUACAGGCCAACUCUGCCUGACUGAGGAUGGGGCCUGGAGAUCGAUUCCCGACAAGAUGUUGAAAGGGAAUCGAUUACAUGCCAAAAGUGGUACCACGUGGGUUUCUGAGUUCCCUCUCUUUGACAAUCAGGAUAGUGGCCUGUGCCUUUAAAAAAAAAAAAAAAAAAAGCCGGGUGAAGGGAGCUACAGUCUCCCCAGGAAAUCUCUCCUUGAGUGUGAAGCAGAGAACCUCCAGGGGCUGGGGAAAAUGCUAGGACGUAGCUGAAGGGCUCACAGAUAAACCGCUACAGAGUCAGAGCUGAAUCCGGAUACCUCCUGCACGAUUCCAUUCAGACAACUUGCUUCAGUUUCGGCUCUGCAGGCUCAGGAUGGACAAACCUCUUCUGCCCGAGAGCGACUUUACCUCAGAAUGUUUAUGUUUAAGAUGAUGGUCAGCCAGAGGUUGUCAGAAGAGAAUCUACACGACUUUCAAGAGAGCAGCUUUGUACACUAAUAUCUGCUGCUUCCAUUAAUUUGGGAUCAAUGAUGUGCUAUUCCAUAUUGGGACCAUUUUUUCCUAAUGAGAAAAGAAUAACUGAGAAUAACUUCCCCUGGUGUUUGGUUUACCGGUUUCUACUUACAAAGUUUGAAAGUCAUUACAACACAAUAUCAAGUUGCACAGCUCAAAAAAAGAAUGUCAGCAACACAGUUAUUGGAAUGAUCUUUGGAUGUUUUGCUCUGUUCGACUUGCUAUCAUGCCUGUUAUUUGGGAAAUAUCUUGUACACAUUGGAGUAAAGUUUAUGUUUGUGUCAGGAAUGUUUGUCUCAGGAGGAGCUACAAUUCUGUUUGGCAUGUUGGACCAAGCUCCUGAUGGACCAGUAUUUAUAACUAUGUGUUUUCUAGUGAGAGUGGUGGAUGCCAUAAGUUUUGCUGCAGCAAUAACUGCAUCGUUUUCUAUUCUUGCAAAAGCUUUUCCAAAUAAUGUAGCUACAGUAAUGGGAAGCCUUGAAAUCUUUUCUGGUCUGGGUCUAGUUUUGGGACCUCCUCUAGGUGGUUUUUUAUACCAAACCUUUGGCUAUGAAGUACCCUUUAUUUUUCUUGGAUGUUUAGUUCUGCUGAUGGUGCCACUCAACAUGUAUAUUUUACCUAAUUAUGAUUCUGCUCCUAGUGAACACUCAUUCUGGAAACUCAUUACUUUACCCAAGGUUGGAUUUAUAUCAUUUGUUAUCAUUUCUUUAAGUGGAUGCUUUGGCUUCUUGGAUCCUACAUUGUCUCUCUUUAUAUUGAAUAAAUUUAAUUUGUCAUCAGGAUAUGUGGGGCUCGUAUUUCUGGGAUUGGACUUAUCAUAUUCUAUUUCUUCACCCCUCUUUGGAUUGCUAAGUGAUAAAAUUCCAUAUCUAAGGAAAUGGCUCUUGGUUUUUGGAAACAUAAUAACAGCAGUAUGUUAUAUGCUUUUAGGACCUAUUCCAAUCUUGCAUAUUGAAAGUCAGCUCUGGCUGAUAAUCCUAGUACUGAUUGUGAAUGGCAUCUCUGCUGGAAUGAGUAUAAUACCAAUUUUUCCAGAGAUACUCAGUUGUGCAUAUGAAAAUGGAUUUGAAGAAGGAUUAAGCACAUUGGGACUUGUGUCUGGGCUUUUGGGUGCAAUGUGGUCACUUGGAGCAUUCAUAGGACCAACACUAGGAGGAUUUUUAUAUGAAAAAAUUGGUUUUGAAUGGGCUGCAGCUAUACAAGGACUCUGGAGUCUAAUUACUGGACUAGUGAUGGGACUCUUUUAUGUUCUGGAGCAUUGGCGAGGAAAGAGAUGUGAACUCCAAAAUACCGUCAUCACAGAAGAAGAAAGAGAAGAAAGAACAUCUCUAUUACCCCAUGAGAUAUAAUCUUACAUACUCUGGAUAGACAGAAUGCUUGAGACUGUAUUCUUGUUACUUUUAGAAAGCAGAAAUUUUUUUUUUCAGAAAGAAGAUUCUGUGAACAAAACACAGGGCCUUAAAACCAGUCUUCGGAACCUGUUGACACUACCUUUUGAAUAAUCCAGUUAGGCAGUCAAUGGCCCUAAUAAAGUGGCCAACUUUGAUGCACAUUGUACAGGACAAAUGUUGGAAAAUCCUGUGGACCUUUUUCUAAGUGAAUGUCAAAGCUCCUUGUUUUCUGGGCUAGAUGGCUGAAUGUAUUCAAAUUUCUUACUAGUUCAAUAUAUGUUUUACCAGAAGUGCAAUCAUUCUGUAAAUGCACCUUUUUAUAGGAGGAUUGAAAAAGAGGAUGACCUAACUUAUCUGUGGUAACUAAUAACCUCAAUGAAUUUAAUAACUCAAAAUAUUUUAAAAUGAAUUUAAAAUUAAAUAAAACAUCUUUCUUAAUGUUGAACUCAUUUGUCUAUGCGAUUCAGAAGGGAAAAUUCCUUAUUUCUGUCUUUGAAAUAUAAAGUGUACCUUCUUAUUUCUUUAAAAGAAAAAGAAAAUAAAGGAAAGGAAAAGAAUGAUCAGA